AACAUCAACAUUUAAAUUUUAAAUUGAAAAACAAAUUAUUAUUUUUUAAUUAAAUUCACCGAAAAAAUAAAUAUUAUUUUAGUUCAAAUAAAAAAUUGAUCAUACCAUUCAUACUGCAAUAUUCCAACGGAUACCGAUUAAAUCCAAUUCUAUCGACGACAGACCACCUCUAGAUAGGGAUGACAAAAAUAUCCGUAACCGGGGAUAUCCGUCCGAAUCCGACCUAAUCGGGUAGGGUAAAAUCCGAACCCAAAGGACCUUUAGUGAGUACUGGUAAAACCCGAACCCGAAUAUUGCGGGUAAUGGGUGGGCAUGGGUUUCUCACUAUCCGACUCGAACCCGCCCGAUUAUACACAUGCAUAUGCAUUUGUCUAGAAAUAAUCAUUAUUUUUCUCUAACAUAUUUUAUAUUUAGCAUAAAAAAUAUAAUAUUUUCAUGAAAUUGUGUUGUUUUAAUUAAUUUUCUUCAUUAUAGUGAAUUCUUGUCGUACAUUUAAUUUUCUCUUACGUAAUGUAAGAAAUACGUGUGAAUGUUAACAUAUUGGUUGGAGUUAUGAAGAGAAAUUAAUACCCAUGGAUAACCGUGGAUACCCGAAACCCAAACGGGUAUGGGCAUGAUUUUGAUUUUUUACCCGUUUCACAUGUGGGUAUGGGUAUGGGUAAAACCCGAAAUACUUUAGAUAGGGUAACAGACCCGACUCGACCCUACCCGACCCAUUGCCAUCUCUACCUCCAGCUCUAGGGGUGGCUAUACGAUCCGGUCCGGUUAAAUUGGACCAAAUUGAUCCGGUCCCAGUCCGGUCUUUUCAGGAAUAUAAGGACCAAAAAUUGGAUUGGAUACAAUCCGGUCUUGACCCGGUUCGGUCCCAAUUUGAUCUUGAUUUUAGGUGUUGGGGGUCUUUUAUCCGGGUUUUUUUACCUCAAAUCUAAGCCCGAAUAUGAUAUUGGAUUGUUUGCUAUCCGAACCCAAUCCGGUCCCGGUCUGGGUUAUACGGUCCGAUUUUGGGUAAAACCAAAUAGGGUUGAGAAACAGUCCAGUUCGGUUUAAACCAGACCGGAUUGACCCGGUUUUUAUGACCGGAUUGGACUUAUGCCCAACCGUGGACCGGAUUGGACUGGGACACGGAUCAAACCAAACCGGAUUGGAUGAGAUACGGUUUGGUCCAGUUUUGACCGGAAACCCCACCAAACGACCGGCUGGUUGACCGUCGUUCUACUUCUACCUAGGUCGCCGCCGCUCGCCGGAGUCUGGAGAUGUCGACGGCUCGUCGAUUGAGUCUGGUGAGGGGUGAGAUGAUGGCGCUCGAAGGGGAUGUACAGGAGACGGGGGAGAUCGACUGCAGACUGCUCUCGAACGAACGGAGAUCGAAGGGAGAUGACGGCGCCGUCGUUUGCCUCGUCGUCGCCAGCUGUUUGCCUCGCCGUUGCCGCCGAGGGAUAGAGCAGAGGCGAGAGCACUUCAGUCCUCAGCUGCGCAGAUGGAGAUGGAAAUUGGAAGGGGACGACGAUUAGGGCAUUAGGCGAUUAGGGUUUUCCCCCUUGUUGUGCUGGUCUGUUGGACUGCCUGGGUUGGUUAGUUGGUUGGGUAAUUUUGUGUUGGGCUUCAUAAGAAAUGGGCCUGGUUAGU